AUAUAAACGUACGCUUCAGUUUCCGCAUUCAUUACCAAUUUAGUUUGAAAUUAGUAACCAGCCCUCAAAGAACACACCACCAUGGAAGAAGAGCAACCUCCGGCCAAGAAGCGAAACAUGGGACGAUCUAGAAAAGGUUGUAUGAAAGGCAAAGGCGGUCCACAGAACGCUACGUGUACCUUCCGUGGAGUUAGGCAACGGACUUGGGGUAAAUGGGUCGCUGAGAUCCGUGAGCCUAAUCGUGGCACCCGCCUAUGGCUCGGCACUUUCAAUACCUCAGUGGAAGCCGCCAUGGCGUACGAUGAAGCCGCUAAGAAACUGUAUGGACACGAGGCUAAACUCAACUUGUUGCACCCACAACAACAACAACAAAAGCAAUGUGUAAAUAGGAACUUGUCUUUUUCUGGCCACGGGUCAGGUUCUUGGGGAUAUAAGUUCGACACGGUUCGUGGGUUGGAGCUGGGUCUCGGUACGUCAAAUGAGGCACGUGGUUCGUGGUCGGGAGGUUUUAGUUUUCUACAAGAAGAUGAUUAUCAUAAUUCUAAUCGGUACGUAUCUUCAAGUGGGUCAAAUCUUUCUUGGUUAUUACCCAAACGAAGUAGUUCACAAGAUCAAGAAAGUGUUAAUGCUGCGAGUGGUAGUGGCGGCCAGACGUUUUCGACGAAGUUGAAACCUCAGAACUUGAUGAUGACUCCUUCGGACUACGGAUCAUCAAAUGGAGUUUGGUCUAGGUUUCUUGCGGGACAACAAGAGAAUAAGAUUGAAUAUGACGUGUCAUCAUCUUGUGGCUCGUCGGACAAUAAGGAGAGUGUGUCGGCUCCUAGUGGUGAGUCAGGUGACGCUGGAGAAGGGUUGCAUAGGCCGGAGGUGGAGGAGGAAACAGGGUAUUUGGAGAUGGAGAAUCUUUUGGAGAUUGAUGAUUUGGGCUUGUUGAUUGGCAAGAACGGAGACUUCAAGAAUUGGUGUUGUGAUGAGUUUCAACAUGCAUGGAAUUGGUUCUGAGAGAGUUUUGCUUAUUCUGUCAUUAUCAUUAUUUAUUUAUUAUAAUUUCUCUCUUAAGUUUGAUAUCGUAGGAUUAAAUAAUUGUUACAUACUUUUUCCCUACUGGCAUGUAGUAUGUGUAUAAAUAGGUUUGAGCAUGUUUUAAAGUUUCUUAAAACGAUAUUGUAAAAAGAAAAUUAAUAGAUUCA